GCGAGGCUGCCAUUGGCGGAGGGAGUGGCCAAUGAGCGUGGUGGUGAAGCAGAAAGGGGCUGCCAGUCGCCCCCUGAGGAGAAACGAUGGAGGAGCCUUCGGCCCGCGGCCUGGCUGGGUGGGCGGCGGCGCUAGCCGUGCUGCUGCUCUGUGGCGGGGCAGCGGCGGCUGGGCAGCAGCAGCCGCCCGAGACCCCGCGCUACACGCCGGACUGGGCCAGCCUGGACUCGCGGCCGCUGCCGGGCUGGUUCGACGCGGCCAAGUUCGGCGUCUUCCUGCACUGGGGGGUCUUCUCGGUGCCCGCCUGGGGCUCCGAGUGGUUCUGGUGGCACUGGCAGGGCGGGCGGCGGCCCGAAUACGAGCACUUCGUCCAGACGCGCUUCCCGCCGGGCACCACCUACGCCGACUUCGCCCCGCGCUUCACCGCCUUCGACUUCCAGCCCCAGGACUGGGCGCGCCUCUUCCAGGCAGCCGGCGCAAGGUAUGUGGUGCUGACCUCAAAGCAUCAUGAAGGCUUCACCAACUGGGGGUCGCCUGUGUCCUGGAACUGGAAUUCAGUAGAUACAGGGCCCCAUCGAGACUUGGUGGGUGAAUUAGGAGAGGCCCUCAGAGACAGGAACAUACACUAUGGUCUAUACCAUUCACUCUUUGAAUGGUUUAAUCCACUCUAUUUAUUGGACAAAAAAAAUGGCUUCAAGAGCCAGAAUUUUGUCUUUGAGAAAACCCUGCCAGAACUUUAUGACCUCGUUUUAAGGUACAAGCCGGAUGUCAUUUGGUCUGAUGGUGAAUGGGAGGCUCCAGACACUUACUGGAACUCAACCUCUUUUCUUGCCUGGCUUUACAACGAUAGUCCAGUCAAGGAUACUGUGGUGGUGAAUGAUCGAUGGGGCAUCAAUUGCUCCUGCCACCACGGAGAUUUCUACAACUGCCAAGAUAAAUACAAGCCUGGCACUCUGCCACACCACAAGUGGGAGAUGUGCAGCUCCAUUGACAGGAUGUCUUGGGGGUAUCGAAGUAACAUGCAAAUCGGUGAGCUCAUGGAUGAGCCCAGAAUCGUUCAGGAACUUGUGCAGACUGUGAGUUAUGGAGGGAACUACCUUCUCAACGUGGGGCCGACAAAAGAAGGGGUGAUCGCUCCAGUCUUUGAAGAGAGGCUUCUGGGACUUGGGAAAUGGCUGAGCAUUAAUGGGGAGGCCAUUUAUGAAUCGAAGCCGUGGAGAGUGCAGAAGGAGAAUGGCACCGACAACACAUGGUAUACUUCAAAAGGAGCAAUAGUCUAUGCAAUCUUCUUGACCUGGCCUGAACGCAGCAUCUUGAAGCUUUCCUCGCCCGUCUCGUCUGCAAGCACACAAGUGACUAUGUUGGGGUUCUCUGAGCCUUUGAAGUGGCAGGCAUCCCCAGGCAAAGGAGUGCUGAUCACGCUGCCUUCUGCAACCCCUUCACUUCUUCCUCUGCAGCAUGGCUGGACUCUCAAGCUGGUUGGAGUUUUGUGAUGGUGCAGUUGGAGGGCAAUCAAAGAACACUCCUUACUUUUCUCUUUCCUCAAGCUGCUGUGAUUAGUGGCACGACCAGCUUUGGAAUGGGUAGAAGAAAGCCUUUGCAUAAGCCAAAGUAUUGCUCUUUAAUCGGAAUGGACAUAAUUGCAGUAGAACUCACCUUGCCUGACACGGGUGUCCAAAACACUCUGAUAUGUGUUAAAAGAUCAGUUGCAGGGAAUGAGAAGAGUGUUUUGCAGGGGAAUUGCCUUGGGCUGUUACAAGCUUUCCUGAGAAGGGUGAAAAUGAGGAUAAGGAAAGCUGCCACGCUUAGUUGAGAAGGAGCUGGUCUCCAUUGCAAUGUUUCAGCAGCCAUCUCAAGAACCAAUCUGCUCAGAAGUAUGAGGCACCAAGGAACUUAAGGGGUUUUUUCAAUCCACCUUAGGACCACACAGCUCAGAGCUGGAUGGAGAAGCUUUGAAGCUCACAAACAAGGUCAGAUUCAGCCACGGGAGCUGGUACCAAGCCAUUAAUGCAUCAUAGUUGUGGAGCAAUAGAGAACUAAAUGCCAAAGUUCUCAGUUCAUUGGGUGACUCCGGCGGGGGAGGGGACAACCUGGUUCUUGGAAAGUGGUGAAGUUAUGACACUAACUUCAUAAUUCCAGGAUCCAGGAACUGUGCAAGUGUGCUUUGAACAAGGUGAAUGGGAGUUCAGAUAAAGUAAGGGAGGGAAAUCCUUGAAAUGAAGAUCUAGAAUUGGGUUUACGCCCAGCUGAUGAGCAGAAAAUUACACGUAUUGGAAACAAGCCACUACAGGUCACACAUAAAUAGUGCCCGAUUCUGUAUACUGUUUUCCCUCUAGUGUUCAUACAUCCAAACUUGGACGGGCAAAUCUGCCUUGAAGGAGCCAGUAGACUAAUAUUGCUUCAGCUCCCUACUGCCCCCACCCUCAACAAACCAGCCUGUCUUCUGUGCCAGAAGCAUGACUGUGCCAAUACUUAGAAACUUUCCCUUUGUGUGUCAUCUAGUUUUACGUAGUCUCUGCCUUGAUGACAUCAACCGCCUUGUGAAUAAAAAGACAUACAAGAUUAGGAAGGAAAUUGCAGCAUUUUUAUCUCCAGGAGAUACUCUUGUGCUCCGAAAGUGGAAGCUAAUCAUGCAAAUGGGCAGAUACUGCUCUUUGCCUUAAGAACAAAUGACAGUCGAAAGGCCCAAAACAAUGCAAAGUACAUCCCCUAAGCCAGACCCACUGUUGUUGGACUAUAACUCCAUCAAGCCCAGCCACAGUGGCCAAAAAUGAGGAAUUAUGGGAGUUGUAGGCCAAAAUCUGCCGGACAAAAGUUGUGCAGCCCUGUCUUAAACCAAGAUUGAGUCACAAGCCAAUGAUCCCACAAAACGCAUCUCUGCCACUGUGUGGGCUCUGUUCUUGGGCAAAGGCUGUACUGCAGGAUGUAGUGUGUGGUCCUCAAACUGACUGCAAGGGGCACAGACUAGUCAGUUGCUUGGCCGCGGGAGUAGGGGCACUUAGCAAUGCUGUUCAUGUGACUUGGUCCCAGGAUGGCUGAGAUUUGUGUUGUAGUAGCUUGAGACUGGCCAGGCGGUGAGAAGUUAAGAGGAUGGAAUUCAGCUGGAUUCUAAAAAGGCUGUUCUGGUUGCCUAGGGGACACACUGCAUGGGUCUGUGUAUAUGAAUGCAAAUCUGUUGGUGAGGUUGCUUUUUUACGGCUAAAUUGAACUAAUCGGUGUGGGAAUUAUCAUUUUGAUGUGCCAUUCUGCAAUGUACCUGUUUUUCCAUGUCUGAUUUCAAAAAUAAAAACCAGUGGAAUUGAA